AUGACCAUGAAUUCGGAAAAGAAAUCAGUAGAGUCCAAUUUGGUCACCCAUGAUUCCAUAUUCUCGCCCUCCGACCAAAAGCAAUCACUAUGGGUCUCAUUCAAAGACUCGUUCAAGCCAGCUAUAGAGACCGACCACACAUUGAAGACCAACCACGACCUAGCCAAUGCCGAUAAGUUAACCGACUUGGAAAGGAUCAAUCUCAACUCCGCCAACUCAAGUUUACGUCGAGACUUGAAAUCGCGACACUUGCAAAUGAUUUCCAUUGGAUCGAGUAUAGGAACAGGGUUGUUUGUGGGAACAGGGUCAGCAUUGAACACGGGUGGACCUGGCGCGAUAAUGGUUGCGUGGGUGGUGACUGCCACGGCUGUGUUUGCCACGAUGCAAGGGUUGGGUGAGUUGGCUACAACUUUCCCAAUCAGUGGUGGAUUCAAUGUUUAUGCAAGUCGGUUCAUUGAGCCCGCCGUGGGGUUUGCCGUGGGAUGGAAUUACUUUAUGCAAUUUUUUGUCUUGUUGCCGUUGGAACUCGUCGCUGCCGCGUUGACCAUACAGUAUUGGACCUCAAGUAUAAACUCAGAUGUAUUUGUGAUUGUGUUUUGGUUCGUGAUUACAAUCAUCACCAUGUUAGGAGUGAAGGCGUAUGGUGAAGCGGAAUUUAUAUUCUCGACAAUCAAAGUGCUUGCUGUCAUUGGGUUCAUUAUCUUGGGAAUCGUUUUGAUCGCGGGAGGUGGACCUACACACGAGUUUGUUGGUGGAAAAUAUUGGCGAAAUCCAGGACCAUUUGCUGCUGGGUUCAAGGGAGUCGCUUCUUGUAUUGUUACGGCAGCAUUUUCGUAUGGUGGCACAGAAAUGAUUGGAUUAACUGCUAGUGAGACUUCCAAUGUCCGUCAAGCUCUACCAAGAGCCAUAAAGCAAGUGUUUUGGAGAAUUGUGCUCUUUUAUUUUGGAUCGUUGACAAUGGUUUCUUGUUUGGUUCCAUACAACGAUAAAAGAUUGUUAGGUCUGAGUUCUGUGGAUGUGUCAGCUUCAGCAUUCACCAUUGCCAUUAUCAAUGGAGGCAUCAAAGGAUUGCCCAGCGUGAUCAAUGCCGUCAUUUUGAUCUCAGUCUUGUCAGUGGGAAAUGCAUCGGUAUAUGCUACAUCCAGAUCCUUGAACUCAUUAGCCGAGCAAGGUAUGGCUCCGAAAUGGAUGGGAUACGUCGAUCGUGCUGGUAGACCAUUGGUUGCUAUUGGUCUUACUAAUGCGUUUGGAUUAUUUGCAUUGAUUGCCGCGGAUCGAGACGCCCAGGAGUCGGCAUUCAAUUGGUUACUAGCACUCUCUGGGCUUUCUUCUAUCUUCACUUGGAUGAGCAUCAAUAUAAGCCAUAUAAGAUUCAGAGCCGCAUUAAAAGCACAAGGAAGAACCACUGAUGAAUUGCCAUUUGUCUCACAAGCAGGAGUCUGGGGAUCCUACUACGGACUAAUCUUGAACAUCUUGUUCCUUGUGGCCCAAUUUUGGAUCGCGUUAUUCCCUCUAGGUGGAAACCCCAACGCUUAUGAUUUCUUUUUGGCGUAUUUAGGGUUCCCAGUGGUUCUUGUGUCGUGGUUGGGUUACAAGAUCUGGAAGCGUAAUUUGAAGCUAUAUUUGAAAGCUGAGGAGAUUGAUAUAGAUACAGGACGUGCUGACGUGGAUUUGGACUUGUUGCAACAACAGUUGGCAGAAGACAGGGCCGAAUUAGCGGAAAAGCCACUUUAUUAUAGAGUGUAUAAAUUCUGGUGUUGA